AUGAUUCCUCUUUUUAUAAAUUCGAAUGGACAAAUUCUAAAAUUCCAACACAUCCAGGUUUUUGGUGAUGAGUUGUUGAUGUCAAAUCCCAAAAAUAUAGAAAGAGCCAUCGAAGAACAUGCUUGCGAUGCUGUUCUUUUCAAGGUGAACCAAGUUGGAAGUACGACAGAAGCCAUUAAAGUAGUGAAGAUGGAAAACGAUGACAAUUGGGGAACCAUCGAAUUGUUGACUACGACACCCCCUGCACUUCUAUUCUUCUUCAAGCAUCAACUGCCUUCUUCUUCAAGCAUCAACUGCCUUCUUCCUGUGUUCUCUUCAAGAUAUGUGUUUCAUUCUGAAUCGAUAGUUUCUAUUGGUAGCUGUGGGUUUUUGAUUCCAUGCUUUCAAUUGGUGGUUGUGAGUUUCGAUUUCAGUAUAUUGAUUGAGUACGAGAUUCUUUGGUUGAUUAGGAGUGCAACCCACGUGAUAUUUCAGUUGACUUGGGUGUCUCGACUUAGAUGCUUAUUAUCACCGACCUGGCAAAGAAAUCAAGUUAUAACUUCUGAGUUCGAGAUUGCUUCUUCCCUCCCAGCUUCCAAAAUUUUCAAUGCCUAUCGUGACUUUAACAACAUUGCACCAAAGGUCGAUCCAGAAACAUACAAAAUCCUAGUGGACAUCGAAGGUGAUGGAGGCGCUGGAACUAUCAGGGACAUCUCUUUUGGCGAUGGCGUCCCAUUUACAAAUGGAAAGUUGAAACUUGAUGUUGUAGAUAGCAACAACUUCAGUAUUAUAUACACAAUCUUUGAAGGAGACAUCUUGAUGGGACAACUAGAUUCGAUGACUCAUCAUGUGAAGUUUAUACCUUCACCUGAUGGAGGAUGUGUAUACAAGCCUACCGUUGUGUAUAAUUGUAAAGAAAUGAUAGUCGCAAACUACAAAAGUCCAUUCAAUUUGCAUUCUAGUGAAUGA